CUUAUCAUUCCCUUUUUUUUUCUUUUCUUUCUUCCUUCUCUUCUUGUCCUUCUUUCUCUCAACAUCCAUCCAUCCAUCCUUCCUUCCUUCCUUUCUUCCUUUCUUCCUUCCUUCCUUCUUUCUCAACUUCACCCAGCUCUCCUUCCAACGCCACUGGCCAUUUUUUUCGUCAAAAAUGAAAAAUCCAAAAUCCAAAAUUCUCGUCGAUCUCGUCGAUAAAAUUCGUUAUUGUUCCUGACAACGAUAUUUAUAAACAUAAGAGUAGCCCCAUCGUCGCGUUUCGUUCGAGCCCGAGCCAUUCCCGUCGCACAACCAAUUUUAUUUCGGGCUUUCUAUUUUUACCCAAAAGUCAAAGAAUAAUGGAAAGCAAAAUUCCUAUACCCGGAUCAUCAACUACAAAUGUUCCUGUUUUAAGUAAAUCAUGUGUAGAAAUGGUUUCAGUAGGUUGUUCUACUAAUGACUUCUAUAGUGACGAUUAUGAAGCGUAUGAGCCAAGAAACUCUACAAGAAAUAAAUUAGUUUUACGAGCUGUAAUAAAUGUAGCCAAAUUAAAAAGAAGAAAGCCAAAGCGAAAAAAACAAAUGUAUUUACGCAAAGAGGAUAAUACAUUUAUAUACAAUAUGGAGAAAUUAGAAAUUAAAAGUAACUCUAUUAAUGAAAAGAAGGAUACUGAAUUAUCCAUACAGGAACAAAAUAUAUCGGAGAUUAGAGAAAAAAUAGAAAAUAUGAAGAUUUCUCAUUAAAAAGGAAAGUUUUUGAUGAAUUUAUGAACGAGUUGUAACAAUAUUAUAAUUUUGACGUAUAAUACUAUUACAAUUUCUUUUAUAAAUUUA